AGAGGGAGAGAAGUGGCAAGGAUGAACAGAGGGGGAGGAGGAGGUGGGUCCGGCGCCGGGAGUGGACCCACAUCGGCGGCGGCGCUGGCGGCAGCUAAGAAGCAGAAGAAGUGGCUGGAGAGUGUGGAGACGGACAUAGCCACCAUCGUCGACUAUUUCAGCUACCUCGUCAACGUCUCCAGGGUGAGUGAGCAACCUGUUAAGAAUUCUCAAGAAGCUUUCAUGAUGGAGAUGCGUGCUGCUAGAACGGUUCAGUCAUCUGAUUCUUUACUUAAGUUGGUAUCCGACCUGAAGCAGACUGCACUAUUUUCUGGUUUUGCAUCCCUUAAUGACCAUGUAGAGGAAAGAAUGGCAGAGUUUGACAAGCAGGCCGAGAAGACUGACCGCAUGUUGGCUAGAAUUGGGGAAGAGGCAGCUGCCAGCCUCAAGGAGCUUGAAGCCCAUUAUUAUUCUUCUUCGGUACCACAUACACAUGAAACCUACUUGCAGCAAUGAGUUGACGUUUAAAGAAGAGAACUAUUAGGGUGCUUUGUUUGUUGAAUCUUGACAUUGGUUAUGUAAACAUAGGCAGAAACAAUGUAUUGCCAUGUGGCAGUUCGAGUUACCAACCUUUUGAACUAUAGCCUUGGAAUAUAUUACUUGCUCGGUUAUGUAGCGAAUUGUAAGCUUAAAUCUGAAUGCAUAGUUAUGUAAGAAUGUUCUACAUUUUUUGUGUUAAGCUCGAUGCUU